AGAAAGAGAGGGAGAGAGAGAGGAGCUGUGUCCUAUAUGUGGAAAAAAGCAUAGCAGUGCGCACACGGCCUGGUCUGCUACAGGGAUUAUCGUAGUGCUUUCAGAUCUGAUGGAGGACAUGCAGGCAUGAAUAGGGCUGUUCUGUUGUCAGUGCAAGCUCAUGCCAGUGAUGGACUACAACCGGACAGAUGCUAACCUUAGCUGGCAUUCACAAAACAGCAUUCCUCCUUACUGAGACCAGCUCCACAGAAUGCUGAGUCCUAUUGUCCCCUAUAUGAAUUAAUCUACAUGAUGACUCUGAUUUAAGCAGAAGUGUUCAGUUUGCCGUGCACUGCCACUGCUCCAAAAACCACAAACCAGCAAGCAGAAGGCGAGCUCUAAUUACAUGGAGCGACUAAACUGUACCACAACCCUGCUGUGUUCAUCAGGGCUGAGUGGCGGCCUAUCACUCACCUAACUCACUCUGUACAUGCACCUUUUUGAAAUACUAACAGCCUUGUAAAGAUGCACUGGAACCCAGAGCAUGCCCAGCCUCUCAGCCAGUGGCCUGAGCAGCACCUGGACGUCUCCUCCACCACCUCCUCUCCAGCCCACAAGUCGGAGUUCUUCUCUGGUCGCAACCGCAGCUCCUAUAAUUACGCCUGGGCCAAUGAUGACAUCUCUGCCCUGACAGCUUCCAACCUGUUGAAGCGCUAUGCUGAGAAGUACGCUGGUGUGCUGGACUCACCGUAUGAACGGCCACCUACUGUCGGCACCUAUCCAGAGCCAGGGGCCUUUGGCAGCCUCAAUGGCCAGAAGACUGAGCUGGAGCCCUGGCCGCUCACACAUAGCACUGAUGCUUCUUAUUCCCUAGUGCCUCCUGUAGGCCAUGACAGCCUUUCAGGUUCCAAGGCUGUAGCCACAUCCGCAGGCCCUCCAGGGGUUAGCAGUGUGUCGGUGGUGAACAGUAACCUCUCAGACUCUGGCUACAGUGGCAGUAGCUCCUGCAGUGGCUCCAGUGAGUACCCAUCUGGCUACAAUGGCACCUAUCUUUCCUCAGGGUACUGUCCCCAACCCAGUGCAGCACUUCCCCCUGCCUCCCUCCACACUCUCCAGUCCACUCCCUCUCUGGUGCCCAGCUAUAGCCCUACCACACCUGUCUAUAAUUAUCCACCUAGCACAUACCCUCCCCAGACCAGCCUUGCCCCCAGCUAUAGCCACCCCUCUGCAACUUACCUGCCCUCAGGUUUAGCAGCCCCUAAUCCCAUUCCCUCGAGGCCCACAGUGGUAGGAGGCAGCUAUAAUUACCAGAGCACAAAUCUUGGGACAUGUGAAUCUGGAGGGACAUUAAAACGAAAAGCAUUUGAGAUGAGUGUAGAAGAGGAUGAGGGUGCAGACAGCUCUCGUUACAGGAAAUAUAGCUAUGACCCCCUGAAGGCCGGGAGAAACUCACCCUACAGUGUGAAUGACAAACCAGAGUGCCGGGGAAAUGGCUUCAGCACUUCAGGCAGCACAGACUCUCAAACCUUCAAGUCCAGUAAGCCCACCUCCCAGCCCUUGGUGUCUCCUCAGUAUGGGGCGGCAGGGGAUUACAGCCCUCCAGCAGGCAUGACAGGGGAGAAUGGCGUGGCAGAGCAGGGCUUCACCCAGCAGCAGCAGCGCCGCUCCCAGGCCCACAAACACACCCCCUUGUGUGGUCCGCCUGUUGAGACUAUGAAGAGCCCAGAUCUUAUCAGUGGGGAGUUAUUGGACUGCAGACCAGCACUGGGCUGGGGCGAGCUGGCUGGGCUUACUCAUGUCAAGGCUGCCAUUGAGGAAGAUCUGCUGUGGCCUGUGUUGAGGCCCAGUCAAGUGGUGCGGCCUCCAAGAACCGUCCUGCUGUUCGGCCCCCGGGGAGGGGGUAAGACGACAUUGACUCGUUCUUUGGCUUCACAGCUGGGGGCUUCCUUCUACCGGCUGAGUGGAGCCAUGCUGGCCUCUAAGGGAAAGGCUGAGGCAGAGCACAUUCUGGGGUCUCUGUUGCAGGUGGCAGGGGCACAGCAGCCCUCAGUGGUGCUGCUCAGCCAGGUGGAGGCCAUGGAAGAGGAGGGGCUGAGGCAGACACUGCUGACCACCUUGGAGAAAGUCCAGGUGGGGACCACAGGUCUGGUGAUUUUUGUAUGUGCCACUGGCAGGCCAGAUCUACUGCAAGACGCAGUUCAUCAGAGCUUUGCCAAGCGAUAUCAUGUUGGCCUGCCAGAUGUGGCUAUGCGCAGGCAGGUGCUGCUGCAGGUGUUGUCCCCCCACAGCUGCAGCCUGAGUGAGAGGGAGCUGAGUGCUGUGUUGCAGCGCACUGAGGGCUUCUCAGUGUGGGAGCUGCUGCAGCUCGGACAGCAGGCGCUCUCCUCUGCCUCCUCCCCCGGUGGGGCCAUUCAUGGCCUCCCUGCAUCUUCUAAACCCCCAGCCUUCACAGACUUUGAGAAUGCCUUCUGCAAGGUGCGCCCACACACCAUCACAAAGGAACUGGACACGUGUAUAGAGUGGAGCAAGAUGUACAGCCACUGAGAAAGCAGCCAGUCACUGUACUCGGACUGCACUACAAACCUGUCUUUGCUUUGACAGUGCAAAUAUUGGGAAUGUUUUGUUGAUUUGUAAUUAUAGAUUAUGCAGACAAACGGGCCAGAGAAGCUCAACAAUAUGGGAGAGCUAACAAAGUCGCUUUACUGGCAGAAGCAUGCCAUGGUGUGCUGUUCUUGUUUUGCUAUGAAUAUUCUCAAUAUUUUAUUUUUCCCAAAGAAAAGAACAAUGAAUAGGCCUUGUUGAGUGGGGGAGUGUAUUAGUUGUUUGACCAAUGGGAACAUCAGAAAGCUAUCUGGAUACUCUCUGAGAUCCUGAUUAGCCUUGGUCCAGGAGAAAAUCAUUUAUUUGUUGCGAGGUGACGUGGUCCAUGAUUAUGGAUAAUCAGGGUUUGGAAAAUGCCCCCUUUGACUGCUACUCUCAGGAUCCUAUUUAUUGCCAGUCCAAUUCCCUGUUACCCUAAUGCUGAUUUACUCAUUGGAUUGUCACUAAUCAUUCAGUACGAAGGGCUUGGGAUCAGCAACAUUUCAGCAAACCACAGUCUUCUGCCAAAAACACGUCAAACCAAAUGCAUAAUCAGCUGUUAAAUAUCUUAAAAAAGACUGGUCCUCAGAAGCACAUUGUAUUAGUGUUCUUGAUAGCUUGUUACCAAAUUACGGCACAACAACUAGCCCUUACUGUUCUGAAAGAAAAAUUAAAUUUAAUUACACAUAUUAACAUGUGGUUGUUCUUCCCAGGAGUCCAGUUGUUUAUGUAAAACCUUGCUUGACAUGCUUGGUUGUAGAGAUACUUUACAUGUACCUUUAUUUAACUCACUAAUACUAAGAUAGUCGCUUUUAAAAUGGCACAGUUCACUUACAAUUAAACUUAGUUUAUUGUUUGUGGAUGGUUGUCUUCCAGUUUUCCUGAGAAUCCCAUGUACAGAACAAUAUGGAACCCUCCUGCACACCCAGUUUCUCCUCCCGUGGGUCUGCUUUCUAUUUCACUUACUCCUUUUGUUUUCUUAGUAUGUAGUUUUGUUUGAAAUGCUCAGGAAGAAUUUCUUUACCUCAGAAAUAUAAAAUAAAGAAUGUAUGUAAUCUUAGGGUCUUAGUAGAGUGGUACGGAGUGAGAGAAAGAAGCAAGGAGAAACCUGACAGUCUUGUAAUACCCACUGCAGCUGGGCUUUUACCUCGGGAGAGAAACUUGAAUAUUCUACAAAGAUUAACAUUGAAUGUAAUUCAGGUAUUUCAAAGGAUAUUUGAUGCCAUAAAUCCAUGUAUUAUUAUAUAUGAAUAUAUAAAUACAUUUUAAUUUCUGUUCUUUACCCCUUAUUUUUAUUGUAGUUUAUGGUGGAGUGAUGACUGUUUUCACGAAAUGCUAUGUAGAAUACAGAAAAUAUCCCUUUUUUGCUGGACAAACUGCCUCCAAAUCUCAGUUAUGUGGUGUUUACAUGAUCUGUAUAUGCAUGUCUGCUGUCUGUAGUUUUAGUUUGAAAAUGCAAAUAUAACACACACAAUCGAACGUGCACUCACAGUGAACAUCUGACAGCAAGCUAACUUCCAAAAAGACAACAAACAAAAACACACAUGGAAAAUCGUUUCAGUAAGUCAGUGAUUUCCAAAGUCUAAAAAUUCUUAGUUGGUGUGUGCACACUGUGGCUGAACUCAACAUCUAGACAAUCCAGACAGAUCCAACAGUUCUGUUUUAACAAGCUGGAAAAACACAGUCCCUGGGCUGUAGGUACGUAGGUCAUCGCAUUAGACUGUUGCUAUGGUCCUGAAGAGGUCCACACGGAUUGACGUAAUAUUUCCCAGCCUCCCUCUGUGUCUCCCUCCCUCAUCUUUCUCUUUCUCUUUUUCUCUCUCCCCAGUGCAAUCCCAUUAGAUUGGAUUGCCCCCUGGCCACGAGCCCCAGUGGCCAUGUGGCGCUGUAUCCUUCUCCCACCCCCCGCCCUCCUUCCCAUUCUCUUAUACUGAUUUCUCUGGACUGGAAGUGGUCUGAUUGAUGUCCAGCAACCCAAUAUCAGAGUGCAGCCUUCCCUCUCCAGCUGGUGGCUUCAGUCAUCCCAUACAGCCAGAUCAAUCAGAGCGACUCGCUGUCUCAGAAACCAAAACAAUCCCUGCCUCGUCGUCUACACAGUGCUACCGAUCAUUCAGAUGUAAUUCCAAAAAAUAAAAUAACAAGGUGCAAAUAGCUACCACAUUUUGAUUUAUCAUUGUUCCCACUACUCCUGACAGUUUGUCCAGCAAAACAACCUUUUAUUUUUUACAUUUUGAUCUAUUAUUGCGGUACCUUUUUUUUCUUGGUUAUUGUACAUUUUCUGUAACCAUUUCUACCUCAUUUUUGCGGCAUAUUGUACAUGAAAGUAUUUAUUUCAUGUCUUUUUUGAUGUCUGUUUUAAAAAUGAUAAUAAUGUUCUUGAACUGUAAUGGUCUACCUCAAAAAAGACUGUAUUUUAAGAGAAGA